AUGGUCUCCGAAGAGCGCCAGCGCACCAUCGAGGCCAACCGGUCUCUGCGCCUCAUCAAGAAUGAACUCGAGUCCCUCCUCGAGAAGGGCGUCAUAGACGACGACGCCUUCGACAAGAUCCACAGCCUCCUGCCCUCAGAGUCCUCCCUGUCAGGCGCCUCCCGCAACGCCACGCCCGCCGCCAACCGCGGGCCGGGAGGCCUGCCCACGCCCGCCCAGACCGCCUCCCCGGCGCCCUCGUCCCCGCCCACCGCCUCCCUCCACAACCUGAACCUCGGCGGCGGCGGCGGCGGUCCUCCGUCCUACGCCCAGACCACGGGGUCCUCCAGCGCCGCCGCCGCCCUCCCGCCGCCCGGCCCCCCCGGAGGAGCGGCGGACGUCGUCAUGCCCCCGCCGGGCCCCCCGCCCCCCGCCAAGCCCGUGCUCUGCCACGCCCGCGCGCUCUACCGCUACGCCGCGUCCGACGCGCGCGACUGCUCCUUUGAGCGCGACGACCGCAUCGCCGUGCACGAGUACAUGAACCCGGACUGGUGGAUGGGGCGGAACCUGCGCACGGGCCACGAGGGCAUCUUCCCGCGCAACUACGUCCAGCCCGAGCCGCCCUCGGCGGCGCCCGCGGGGCCCCCCAACGGCGGCUACGUCGACGAGAAGUCCGCCGGCGGGUUGUACGGAGGAGCGCCGCCCCAGCAGCAGCCCAUGUACGGCGGGUACCCGCCCGCCCCGGCGCAGCAGAACCCGUACAACGCCAACGUGCCGCCGAUGGCUGUGGCGGAGCAGGGCGGCGGUAACCAACAAGGUGGUGGUGAGGGCGGCGGCGAUGGCGGCGGCAAGGCGGGCGAGAUGGGCAAGAAGUUUGGCAAGAAGCUCGGUAACGCGGCCAUCUUUGGCGCGGGUGCUACGCUGGGUGGUAAUCUCGUCAACUCGAUCUUCUAA